CAGUUUGUAACUUACGCUUUAAUUGCACUUCCAGUAUUCAUUCUCUUUCUCUCCCUAUCUUCACCCUUUACUCUUAAAAGCAUCAAAACGCGUAGUCUGACGUCGUUUUUUCCCUUUAAUUUUGCGUUUAAGCUGUCUUGUAGAAUCUUCUUUUUCGGAACCUCACUAAUUCAAAUCCCCAUUCUACUCUGUACCUUCAACUUCCUGCAAUGGCGUAAUCAAAUUUACACUUCACUGAAAAUCGAACAUAAAACCUAAUUCGAGAAAAAGCAGUAAUUAUUCCUUAAUUUCAGUUACUCAAAAUGGGAAAAGGAAGCAGAGAUUGGUCGCAGAUCUAUGGAAUCUAUGGAAUCGAUGAAUGGCAGACAUUUUUAUUUCUUCUAUUUCAUUCUCUAAUUUUCUCCAUUCUUUCUAUAUUAAUCCUCGUAUAUUUUGCUCCCAUAACUAGUUCCUUCAUGGAGCUCCGGAUUUUCUCUGUCCUACCAGGAGGAUCCGCCCGUUUUGUAGCUGGAUUAAUCGGGUCAAUGACGGCGUUGAUAGCCGUAUGUCUAUUAUUUGCCGCCGCUAAUUUCUUAUACUCGGCGGUUUCUCUCCGGUGGGAGAUCUCUCAGCGUAUGUUAUCUGCUGUUACGGAUUGGUCUAAUGUUAAAACCGCCCUUGACGUUGGCUGUAGCAGAGGAAUCCUCUUAAACGCCGUCGCUUUACAACUUAAAAAACAAGGAUCAUCGGGCCGGGUAGUCGGGCUGGAUAAAAUGCGGGCCAUAACCCUCCGAACAUUACGGACUGCAGGUCUAGAAGGGGUACAAGAAUACGUCACGUGCCGAGAAGGUGACAUAAGGAGGCUCCCGUUUCGAGAUGAUUACUUCGACGUGGUUGUUUCCGGGGCGGCGAUUCGGCGGGCUGGGCCAAAAGAAGAGAGGGAAAGGGUUGUUGGAGAAGUGGUGAGGGUAUUGAAGCCCGGUGGGAUAGGUGUAGUGUGGGACCUACAGCACGUGCCAGAGUACGUGAAGAAAUUACAAGAAUUAAGGAUGGAAGAUAUAAGAGUAUCGGAACGCAUCACUGCAUACAUGGUUAGUAGUCAUAUUGUGUCGUUUAGGAAGCCUUGUUAUCAGCACCUACAAUUACAACAGCAUAUGGUGGGACCCACCUUUUGUUAUUCUCAUGCUGGUGAAGUCAGACUUGAUUGGAGAAGCCAUAGCUUGUGUUGAAUUUCAUACUCAAACUUUUUUUUUAGUUUGCUAUACCCAAUUAAAUUAAGUAUAUAAAAAUAUUUUAUAGCAGGUAUAUUGCAAAUUUAAAACUUGCAAUUUUAAAAAGAAGGUAAUAGUGUAGAAUAAAUAAUUUUUUAAAUUGUUCAAGAUUAUUGUAGAUGGCUUAGUUGGGAUUUUCAAAAUGAAAAUAUAGCAUAACAAAUCCGUGAGAAUGAGGGAGUAAAAAUAAUGUUUCUCUUGGUAUCUAUCAACAAAGAAUGAUAUUCUCUCUGAUAUUGUUGUAGUUACUCGGUUGUGAAAUAUUUGUUAUAUUACGAUUAUUGAUACUAUUUAUAUUUUAAACUUAUUAUAUUAUAACUAAUUU